AGACGGGGCGAAGACUGACGGCGGAGGAGAGGUGAGCAGAGCAGAGCGCACAGAGCCAUGAGGCGAGAGACCCUGGCCCUCGGCACAGCCGCGGCCGCCGUCCUGCUGCUGCAGGCGCUGGCCGUGGCGAAGCCCGCCCGGGGGACCCCGCGCAGCAAGGCCGCGGUAUUCGCGGACCUGAGCGUCAAAGAGCUGAAGGCUGUGCACGACUUCCUCUGGUCCCGGGAGGAGCUGAGGCUGGCGCCCUCCAGCACGCUGACCAUGGCCAAGAACUCCGUGUUCCUCAUCGAGAUGCUGCUGCCCAAGAAGCACAGGGUGCUGAAAUUCCUGGACCACGGGCAUAGGCUUCCCGUCCGGGAGGCACGUGCCGUCAUCUUCUUCGGAGCCCAGGAGCACCCCAACAUCACCGAGUUUGUUGUGGGGCCCCUGCCACAGCCCCACUAUAUGCGCAGGCUGCACCCCAGGCCUGGGCACCGGGUGUCCUGGACCUCCAGGCCCAUGUCCUCGGUGGAGACUACCCUCCUGAGCCAAGCCCUGCAGAAGGUCACCAGGCCCCUGCACCAAUUUUUCAUUAACACCACAGGCUUCUCCUUCCACAACUGUGAGAACCGAUGCCUGACGUUCACAGACGUGGCCCCUCGGGGCCUUGCCUCGGGCCAGCGCCGCUCCUGGUUCAUCCUGCAGCUCUCCGUGGAAGGCUACUUCCUGCACCCCACUGGGCUGGAGCUCCUCAUGAACCACGAAAGCAUGAAUCCCGAGGACUGGACGGUGGAGCAGGUCUGGUACAACGGGAAGUUCUACCGAAGCCCAGAAGAACUGGCUCAGAAGUACGAGGAAGGGCAGGUGGACGCUGUGAUCCUGGAGGACCCGUUCGCCAAGGGCAGCGGGGCAGAGGGCACGGAGGAGCAGCCCCUCUUCUCCUCCUACAAGCCGCGGGGGGAAUUCUCCAGCCCGCUCUCCGUGAACGGCCCCCGCCUGAUCAACCCCGAAGGCCCCCGCUACAAGCUGGAGGGCAACGCGGUGCUCUACGGCGGGUGGAGCUUCGCCUUCCGGCUGCGCUCCUCCACGGGGCUGCAGAUCAUGAACCUGCAGUUCGGCGGAGAGCGCAUUGCCUACGAGGUGAGCAUCCAGGAGGCGGUGGCUCUGUACGGGGGCCACACACCUGCGGGCAUGCAGACCAAGUACCUCGACCUGGGCUGGGGCUUGGGCACCGUCAACCACGAGCUGGCCCCCGGCAUCGACUGCCCGAGCACCGCCACCUUCCUGGACGCCUUCCACUACUACGAUUCCGACGGCCCCACCCGCUACCCCCGAGCCCUCUGCCUCUUCGAGAUGCCCACGGGGUUGCCCCUGCGGCGUCACUUUGACUCCAACUUCAAUGGCGGCUUCAACUUCUACGGGGGCUUGGAGGGCCAGGUGCUGGUGCUGCGAACGACUUCCACCGUCUACAACUAUGACUACAUUUGGGACUUUAUCUUCUACUCCAACGGGGUGAUGGAGGCCAAGGUAUCCGCCUCAGGCUAUGUCCACGCCACCUUCUACACCCCCGAGGGGCUGCGCUACGGGACCCGCAUGCACACACACUUGCUGGGCAACAUACACACUCACUUAGUGCACUACCGCGUCGACCUGGACGUGGCAGGCACCAAGAAUAGCUUACAGAGCCUGGAGACGAAGCUGGAGAACAUCACCUGCCCCUGGAGCCCGGAAGACCGGCUGGUGCAGCCGACUCUAAAGCAGACGUGGUACCGCCAGGAGCGCCAGGCGGCCUUCCGCUUCGGACGGCCUCUGCCCAAGCACCUGCUCUUCUCCAGCCCCAAGAAGAACCUGUGGGGCCACCACCGCAGCUACCGACUGCAGCUGAACUCCAUGGCCCAUCAGGUGCUGGCCCCUGGCUGGAAGGAGGAGCAGGGCAUCACCUGGGCCAGGUACCCCGUGGCAGUGACCAAGUACCGGGAGUCUGAGCUGUACAGCAGCAGCAUCUAUAACCAGAACGACCCUUGGGACCCGCCCGUGGUCUUUGAGGAGUUUCUUCACAACAACGAGAACAUUAGAAAUGAGGAUCUGGUGGCCUGGGUGACGCUGGGCUUCCUGCACAUCCCCCAAGCAGAGGACAUCCCCAACACGGAUACCCCGGGAAACUCUGUGAGCUUCAUCAUCCGCCCCUUCAACUUCUUCUCAGAGGACCCGUCCACAGCAUCCAAAAACACUGUGGUCGUGUGGCCUCGAGUCAAUGGUCCCCACUACGUCCAGCGUUGGAUCCCUGAGGAGAGGGGGCGCUGCUUGAUCCCUCCCCCCCUUAUCUUCAACGGGACCUACAUGCCUGUGUGAAGGGUCCCCUGCCCCCAGCUAACUCCUGACUAGAAGCCUGUGCCCCCACCCCAGCCCCAGAGAUAGAUAAUAAACCUCUCAGUG